UUUCCAACCAUUUCUAGGGUUUCAAACAAAGUGUGUGUGUGUGUGUGUGUGUGUGGUGUGUGUGUGUGUUAUCUCCCAGCACUGUCUCCUGUCCUGUCUGUAUUUAUGAUCCGAGCUUGCGCACUGAGCGCCUCCAUUGUCUGGCCAGCAGCAGCAGCAGCAGCAGCGGCGGCGGUGGCGGCGGCGGCAGCAGCAGCGGCGGCGGAGCGGAGAGAAGCGGAGCGCCGAUCGGAGCGCAGGGGAGCGGCUUCACCGUGACCCUCGUCUGCGGGACGAGAGCGACAGCUGCCCGGAGACCACCGGAGCGGACGGACGAGCGCGGACGGCGGCAUCAUUUCUUUUAGUCAGAGAGACAUCGUCGUUUUUUUUUUUUUGUUUGUUUGUUUGUUUUUUUUUGGCGGUCAGACAGACAGCAACAGUUGUCACGAUGUCUGAGAUCAGAUGAGGCGAGAGCAGCGGAGUGAAUAUUGCGGCGCUGCUGUGCUCCGGGCCGGGCUGGAUAAACGUGUUGCUGCCGCGUCCCGCCUGCAAUGAUACCGCCGCGUUAAUCACCUGGGACAGCGAGGGGGGAGCGCGCCGCGCAUCUUGUUUGUCACUCGGGGCUUUCGGCGUCAUUCAGCUCGUCAGCCGUCCCCACGGCCGUGUCGAGGUUUUGUCUGCGGGUGAGGUGAAUCCAGACGUCAGGGCGGGCUCAUGUUCCGCUCAGCAGGGAAACGGGCUGUUGCGUCUGCAGAGAGUCAGAGCUGACGAGCCUGCUGAGACACACGGACAGACAGGCAGGCAGGCAGGCCGAGAGACAGACAGGAGCGAGGGGAGGGGGGCGACAGCCUGUUUCGGCUCUCUCGACCCUCUGCGGAUCGAGCCGAGCCCCCUCCUGUUUCCACCCAGAACCCCCACCCACCUGCCUCCCGCUUUGGAUGGGGGGAAAGCAGAGCACGGCGGGUCGGCCCCGAGGUGCUUUUCCCGGUGUCUCUACGGAUGACAGCGCGGUGCCACCCUCGGCCCACUUCGGCCACUACCGGCCGAGCGGCACCAUGGGCCUGCGGAGCCGCUCGGUGAGCUCCGUGGCCGGGAUGGGCAUCGAGCACAGUCCCGCCGUGCCCUUCGGCUUCUACACCCCAAGAGGAACGGACUCGGAUCGAGCCGGAGGGGGGUCAGGGGGCACCACCGCCGCCCCCCACGGUACCGGCUACCAGGACACUGGGGGCGGAGGGCACCACACGGACGGGGUGCUCUAUCUGGGGUCCCGGGGGUCGCUGGCUGACACCUUGCCCCUGCACAUCGCACCCCGCUGGUUCAGCGCGCACAGCGGAUUCAAGUGUCCUGUCUGCUCCAAGUCUGUGGCGUCCAAUGAAAUGGAAGUUCACUUCAUCAUGUGUCUCAGCAAGCCUCGCCUCUCCUAUAAUGAUGAUGUGUUGGCGAGGGAUGCCGGUGAGUGUGUGAUCUGUCUAGAGGAACUGCAGCAAGGGGACACCAUAGCCAGACUGCCGUGCCUCUGCAUUUACCACAAAAGCUGUAUAGACUCAUGGUUUGAGAUCAAUCGGUCCUGCCCCGAACACCCCUCCGACUGACUGACCACCACGGCCACAAUGAAUACUGUUCAAGGAUGACUCAUUGUCCUGCCAUGGAUAUCUGGACACAGACUCAACCAAAUCUGAUGAAACAAUCAAAGCGAUCAACACAUACGUAUCCUGAAAGAAUCCCAUCAUCCCAACCAAGAUAAUUAUUCCUCGUGAACUGAACCAAAAAAAAAAACCGUGAACCAUCGUACAUUAUAGGGCCCCUACCGAGCCCCUCCAUUUUACGUCUGCUGAAGAGACUGCUUAGAACUCCCCUGCCCUUCCUCUCACUUCCCCAGGCUAACAGAGUCCCUCAAAGGGCUUCAUCGGCCUCCACUCCCUCUCCAACUCAAGUGGCCAUUUGCCUCCCUGACGCGCUCAGGUCCUUGCAGGCCUCCAGCAGCUGGCCUUCCAUCUUGUAUCUGGAUCCAGGCCUGUCAGUCAUUAGUGUCCAGCCCUCCCAUGGCCUUAACUGGGGAGAGGAGAGAAAGCAGAGCAGAGUGGGGAGUGAGCGAGGGAAGGAAGGAGACCACACGAGAAAGAAGGAAGGCGACGAGGACAAGGAGGAAACUGACGCAUGGAGGAUUGUUGAGUUGCAGAAGCUUGCUUUGAGAAACAGACUUGUACAUUAUUUGGUGGGCCUCUCAUCUCACAACAGGACUCCAACUCGGUGACCUCUCAUUAAAGACUGGGUCCCGGUGUGCUUCUUUCUCAUAGUUCCCGCCUCAGUUCUGCACCCUUCCUCGGUGAUUUGACUCAUAAUAAUCAAAUCAAAAAGUCCCAACAAUGCUUCUUAGAUCUGGUUUUUUGCACACCAGGGCAGGCAGGGACGGAUGGAGGGUUAAAAAGAAAAUGGAAUAAGUAAACUGGGAUGUCAGCUUGUGUCGUUUGUAUAGGAUCGAGGGGGGAUCUAAAGGUGGACUGGGGUUGGAGGAGAGGAGUGGAGAGGAGCAGUCUGAGCAUGCUCAGUUCUGAUUGGGAGGGAGGAAGGGGCCAGCAAUGUAGUUUACGCUCCUACUGUGUAACAUGUGUGUUAAGGAUGCUCCAGUGUCAGGCUUCAGCCGGUUUGUGUAUGUACACUGUGUGUGUGUGUGUGUGUGUGUGUGUGUGUGUGUGUGUGUGUGUGUGUGUGUGUGCGUGUGUCUGUGUGUGCUUGUGAGUGUGUGUGUGUGAGCAUGUGCUUGUGUGUGCGGACGUGUGUCUGUGUGUGUGUGUGUGUGUGAGCUUGGAACUGUGACAACAUAGCUUUUGCUGAAGCCAAGUGUGUGUGUGUGUGUGCGUGUGUGUGUGUGUGUGUGUGUGUGUGUGCGUGAGACAGCGUGAAAGGUCAGUGUAGAGGGCUGACUGGGACAGUGCUGUGCGUGUCUGUGUAUUGAAACGUUUACAGUCUAGAUGUCCAUGUUCCCUGUGCGUGCGGCUGGCAGUCGUCCCUUUACUUUGCUGAUGUUUACAGCUACAGAGAAGCGACAUGACAUAUUGUAAAUGACACGCGUAACCUCUCUUGGUUCUUUCUUUUUAGAUCUGCCAGAGUUUUCAUGUGACCAUGAUUAGUCAUUUUCUCGUGAGAGCCUCGAGUGUGAGAGCGUGUGUGUGUCUCCGUGCAUAUGACUGUUCGUGCAUGUGUGUUGGAGUGUGUGAUUCAAGAGGCACCUCUUGGUCUAUGCUACUGUCAGUUCCCCACGUUGUGUUUCUGCUAGAGUAGGUCUGGCUGACUGUGACUGGAGACGCGAGCCACUCAGACCUGAAAAAAGGACUCUGUAGUCCCACUGUGGAUCCACUGGACGGGGCUUAUUUAUUCAUUUGUUCAUAUUUAACAAUAUUUGUUUAAUAUUUCAAUCAUGUGAGGUGUUACUCACUCUUCAGAAUGCCAAGAGCUGAUGUAUGAAGACUACUACGAAUCAACAUACAAACAAACUGCAUUUACAACGCUACUGUAAACAAAUGGUGGAAUAAAUUGUGCUAGAUGACAGACUCUA